GUCAGAUUUCAUACGGCCCGCGACAUCGGUCAUAUAAUGUGUUAUUUGUGGCCCGCCAGAUCUGUCAGAAUAAAUAAAUCAUAAAAACUUGAAAGACGUAAUUCCUCCUUUCUAAUGUCUCUGUAUCCGUGGCGUGAACCCUUCUCGAAACCUAUUUGCCAUGGCGACGGCAAAAAAAAAGGAGAAAAGUUGACAGUGAGGGCCGCCGCUUUCAGGAGCGGUGGGAAUUACUAGUGUUUCCCCUCCCAUGAGAACAGGGUGGGGGUCCGCCCCACUGACAUGUUCUCUAUAGCGCCAGGUUACAACAGAAGUAAUGUCAGGUUGUUUUAUUCAACUAAACGGUCGUAUAUUAUUGAUCGUAUCGACACAGCGGCAUGUCAUUUCUGUCUCUACGUGGUGGCGUUCACACUUCUCCUGGCUCUCGGUAUCGCGGCGGAGCUCCGCCCCCAUGCGCACAGACAGGUGAGCACAGACAGGAAGAAGGGCGCCAUCCUCAACAUCUCCUCCGCCAGCGGGAUGUACCCCGUCCCCCUGCUCACCGUCUACUCCGCCUCCAAGGCGUUUGUGGACUUCUUCUCCCGAGGACUGCACGCCGAGUACAAGAGCAAAGGCGUCAUCGUGCAGAGAGUUCUUCCGUUUUUCGUCGCCACCAAACUGAGUAAAAUCCGCCGCGCCACGCUGGACAAGCCGAGCCCGGAGCGCUACGUGUCGGCCGAGCUGAACACCGUGGGCCUGCAGAGCCAGACCAACGGAUACCUGCCCCACGCCGUCAUGGACCAGCUGUGUUGACGACUCCCCCGACUCGCCGCCAAUGUGGGACCACGGAGGAGUAACUGUGACAGUUUCAGGGCAACGCCUCGCUCCCCCCCCCCCCCCCCUGCGGCGCGAUGCCGCAUCUGGCCGCCGCCGCAUUGUGUGAACGAGAAAAAAAAACUAAAAACUGCGGGCGAUAAAGCGCUCCGUCAACGAGCGGAGCGCGGAAACACCCAAAAUAAAUACAAAGAGUCCCCAAAGCAUCCAUCAGGUGGCGAAACGGGAAUAAUGGGAAAUUAAGCUGCGUGCGUGUGUGUGUGUGCGUGUGUGUGUGGAGCACUUUAUGUUUCAUUAAGAUUUAAAAAUACUUUUUUCUUUUCUUCUCUAAUAUUGUACGCUUGUUCUCAUAAAGUUCGUUGAAGCGUUGCUUUUUCGUCUUAACGUUUUCUCUUGUGUGUGUGUGUGUGUGUGUGUGUCCCCGCUACCCGAACACCAGGAAAACGCUGAAUUGCAUUUUGUUGUCAAUAAACAUUCUGAUGACAUCGUCA